AGUUGGCUCACGUCCGUUCACGAGAGCGGACGUGUCUUAUUCCUCUUUCCAUGUUUUCCUUCUAAAAAGAAGCAUCGAGCAGAACGGCAAUUUCAAAACAAAACAAAAAAGUGCGGAAAACGUUGCCAAUUUGCGACUUUAGUGUUACAUUCGCAGAGGAGGAAUUUUUAGCAUAACGCCAAACAAGGAAUGAGUUGAAGGAUAAAAUCGCCUGGAGGAAGAAAAAAAUAAUACCCCCCCCCCAAAAAAAAAAAAAAAAUGUUGAGCAGUAAGCUCAAAUCGUGGAUGGAAUCGCAUUUGACGCGGAAGAAAUCCUCCGGAAGUAGUACUAGCAGUAGUAAUAAAAAAUCCACAUCCGGAUACCACGGUUCGGGUAGUAACGGCUCGGGCAGUUACAAAGAAUUGUCGCCAGCUGAUAGGAUCGCUCAUCCAGCUUCUGGACUCGUCAAUCUUGUUCCAGCUGUCCCACUAUGCUCUACAAGCGGCCGCAGCAACGCCGGAUUGGUCAUCCGGCUUCAGAACGAUUUCAGAGAGAACCAGCACUCGGCCGCAUCGCCUUGUCAUCUCCGCCAACAACAUCCGUCAUGGACACGCAGUCCAGUCAUGUUGGCCUGGAACACUAAAAUUCCUCCUCCGUCUAUUCCGCUAGCACCGCAAAGACCAAUCGAACCGCCCCUUUCGCCGCCAUCAUCUUCUUCUCAUUGUUCCACCAUCAUUCAGCAGAACGGGGAACCUUCACCAACUGGAAGUGAUUGGACGUCAAAGAGUUUCGCGGAUGAAAGCGGAAUCGGCGGCAGUAGGACUGACCGCGACGGAUCCUUUUCGUCUAGCAAAGCCAACACGACAGGAUCUUCCAUUGGAACGGCGGAUUUUCAUCACGAGUCAGCCGGAAGGCGGAUAAAUGCGCCUUCGCUAUCGUCGCCAGAAUCGGCCUACUCGACCGGAUGCUCGGCCGAUGGAGUUUCGCCCAGUCAAGACGGGACGUACGACUCCAAUUUUCAUCCGCACCAACCGCUGGCGGCUUUAAUCCUCGAUCCAAUAUGGAGAAGAUCGACGCUGGAAGCGGACGCGUCCGGAUCGAAUUCUUCGACCCAGUCGCCGAGAACCAGGCCGGCCAUUCGCACUAACCCGUGGCUUCCGGUGAGGACUAGUUUGACAUCUGCCGGAUCAACAACAUCUGACCGAGCGUCUUGGCUGACGGACUCGACGCCGGAAGCUCCGUUAUCCGAGAUGUGUCCACCAGCCGUGAAGGAAACGGACAUCGUGAGCAGCGGCGAAGACGAUCAUCAACCGGAUGAUCCCGUAGCGGCGGCCAUGGCCGCCUGUGCGGCAAACGAUGAACUCGAUCAAUUGUGCGAUUCCCUUCAGUUGCUAAUGGACGGAGACAAUUUGCGAGUCAUCACCACGACGGGCCAGCCGCAUCGGCAAGUAACGACAGUGGCGCCAUUCAGUCACCAAGCGGCAAAAACUGCAUACAGCCCAGCGCCGGAUAGGAGACGUGCAACUGAUGUAGACGUCGACGAUCAGUACACGCUGCUCAUCCGGCAAACGGAAGAGAUUCUACUGCAACUAGAAAAGGAUGAAAUGCUUUUAGCCAGCCGGAAGAACAUAAACCAGGAAGAAAACGAGACGUCUGCUGCAGCUCAUCUUCCGGCUGGCAAAAACAACUGCAGCAGGCCUUGUUCUGCAUCUUCCGGCUCGCAUCUCAAACAGCCCCGCCGGCGAUUGAGAAAAAGGGCGGCGUCACGAAGACGCUGCUCGAGCCGGAACAGCGCCAUUUUGUCCUCAUCGUCGUCCUCCAGUUCGGAAUCUUCCGAUUGCGAAUACUUGGAUAACAACAACAGACGGAUGCUUUCGUCAUCCGACUGGAACGCCAGCCGACGUCCAAAAAACAUCAACCGGAACAACAGUCUGAGUAAAGGAAUCACCCCUCGUUUUGCCCAGCGUCAAAAUGUUCGAGUGCUUCCGCAAGCGCCACAGCCAUCCGUUCUUCCGGCUCAACCUCCUCGCGACUGCUGGAUUCUCGGUAGUCAAAAACCCAGCUGUUCUCCAGACGAUUGGACUACAGAACACGACAGGCCUCCAUCGCCGGCCCCGAUGGACCCUCACUGCCAUUGGGCCAGCCAUCCCGUCCAGCUGCGAAAUUCCGAACGGAUGGCUGCAACGAGAUCGCCCUCGAUAUCGAGUUGCAGCAGCAACAGUCGAAGAAAUUCACGCGUUCAACUACGUGCGAACUGCGUUGCUGGACAUCAAAGUUCAUCGGGGCCGACAUCUCCGGUAAUCCGAUUAGAUUCUUGGCCGGAUGAUGACUAUCACCACCAAACAAAUACAAGCAACGGUGGCGCUGGGCGGCGCUGGCGCCAGUCCAUGACGCGAGAACAGCAACGUCUCGAAUCUCAGAUUGCGUUUCUUCGCCGCCAGUUGAAGGAUGUCACCGACGAUUAUUACGAUUACGAUAGAGAUCGAACGCCCUCCAGCACUUCAGACUCUUCAUCUCAUUCUCACCGUCUGAAAUAAAGAGCCGACAUGGGGGAAAAAAAAAAAA